AUACCGCAUGUCCGAAGCCUCACCAUCGUGGAGAUAACCUUUUCAUGGCCAGUUCCAUUCUUAAACCUGUCAAACUAAUGUCGACGUCACUUUGGUCUUUCGACUGGUCUCACGUCGGGAUCAUCACUUCAUUCUAACGAAAUAAAACACAUAGGUACACCUAAAACGCUCCAGUGCGACAAGUAGCCAUGGAGCCUACGGUUGCUAACCGGGACUUCAUGUUUGCUGGUCCUCCACUUCUUGUCAAACCGUUCGUGUCGAGGGUGCUCGAAAAGCUUCGCCGGACUGAUGUAGAUGCUGAUUUUGCGAACGAGUAUGUGCAUUGCCUUCGCAAUACCUGGCUUCGUCAAGGGAAUAUCCUGAGGGGUCAAGGGUUCACCGACCUUCAACGUACAUUUGUCGAAUGCGGUGUAGUAGAGACCUUUUUAUACUUCACGCAGAAUCCACGGUCUACCUCCGAUCUUGCAAUCGCAACGUACCUCGCUAUGGACACCUUUCAAUACUUGGUCAGAGCUGCAAACCUAGAUCAACGUCGAAAACUGCACGAUCAACUUAUGCAGCAUAGCGCUUUGGAAAUCGCCAUUGAUAAAGUAGACAAUCACGAGCUGUGUCUGCAUCGAACAGUGGGAAAGGGCACCAUCCGCAUUCUUAGCCAGGCCCUUUUCCUGGGAGAGACCAUGUCUUCACGACGCGCAGCUGACCUAAUUGAGAAGCUCUGUAAAUGGACACUGGAAGGACCUGACCGUGAUUCUCAAGAACUUCUUGAACCAGACAAGACCUGGCAAUCGCAAAUGAUGGUCGGCCUCUUCAACAUGCCCGGUUCCGUGUUCCCGCUCGAUGGUGUACCGGGCUUCCAAGUCCCACUAGAAGGAAAACAGAAGGAUGACUAUGAGGCGGAGUAUGAUGCCACCAUCGAAACCAUAGAAAUAGUCAUCUCUAGUCCUGAUUGGUCAAGGAAGCUGGUGGACGUUUGGACGAAGCUUGAAAAUGAGAAGCCUUCAGAUAUCAAAAGAGUUUUUGGGAAGGUUGCUACAGAUUAUUAUGCCGUUGAGCCAUCCGAGGAAUCGACACUUCGUUCUGCAUUUUCAUACCGAGGACAUGUGCGAUUAGGCAUUCUCCGUCUCAUCGCUAGCUCGACUUACGUUGAUACCGUCAAAGAUACUGACCUCCUCUCUUUCCUUCGAGUGGCGUAUCUCGGAUCCCAAAAAUUCAAAUCCCCUGCCGAGAUCGAACGAAGCGGCCAGCCAUCCGACAGGCAUGUUUGGGUGGAGCGUAACGAAGAGAUCUCCCGUGUUCCUUUUUGGGCAGCCGAAAUUGGUGCCACUGUCGACUUUGUCGCUUUCAUUGCCCGAGAAUCCGUCACAGGUCCCAUUGCCUUUGUUCGUCUCUUCACGAAGUUGAUUGAGCGUGGAUUAUUGGAGCAAUCACAAUCGUGGACCACAUUACCAGAAGGAAUCCUUCCUUCUACUACACUCAAACAAGUAAAGCAGAUCUUGAGCCCGGAGAUCGUGAAGAAAGUGUUGUCCUUGGCUAUGAAACGAAUCACCGCAUACCGUGAAGUCGGUCGUGACUUCGUACAAAUGGAGAAAAACAACAGAAUAGCUUAUUUGGUCUACCUCCAUGGUGCAGAACUCGGUUGGGAUCUCCUGGAGUUGAAUCGUACUUCCGGAGGGAAGUAUACUACAGAUAUCCGUGGUGCUCGCAAGGAAUUAGUAUUGUGUCUUGGCAAUGCCGCUGAGAUGUGCAUACGGUUAUCGAAAUUCAGGCGAGCGUUGGUAUCUGCUACUGCGGUUAAUCAGGUUAUACAGGAUGCUUCGCAGGACGAAGGCAUCACGACUGAUCUUGCGGAGAAGAACAAGAGACGGUUGGCAGAGGCUAAGCGCAAAAUUGACGAGUUGGGCAUCUAGCAUCAUUCCGUCACCGACAUUUUCUGCUGAAG